AUGCAUUCCCACACACACCGCUCCUCCCUCGCAGCUCAGCGGCCCAGCAUCCCACGUGAUGGAGUACGCAGACUGGGUGCGCAGCGCAGCGACCAGCGCUUUGCCCUCUACUGGGUGCGCAGCGACCAGCGUUUUGCCGGGGUGCCGCUGCAGCUGUCGCCCUCCCCCAUCGGCCAUGCCUUCCCUCGCCUCCGCCUGCGCUACAAGCCCGCGCUCGUGCAGGUCACAGGCGGCAUGCAGCAGCUGUCUGCCGACCUCUAUGCAGCGGGGGAGGGGGAGGGGACGAGCGAUGGGGAGGGGAAAAGCGGGGAAGAUGGGGAGGGCGAGGGGCGUGGGGAGGAGGCAGUUGCGCGCACCAAGAAGAUUCUGCUGCUGGACGUGAGGAAUGGCUACGAGUGGGACGUGGGGCAUUUUGCCGGUGCGGUGCGCCCUCCGGUUGACAACUUCCGAUCCACCGAGUUCGGCUUGCAGGAGGAACACACCGGAGCUACCUCAGCAGAGCAGCAGGAGCAGCAAUAUGAGGAGGAGGAAAAGGAGGAAGGGGAGGCAGGAGGGCAGGACGGAGCAUACGAUCCGCUAGCAGAAGCAGACAAGGAGGAGACAGAAGUCCUCAUGUACUGCACGGGGGGCAUCCGCUGUGACGUUUACUCCGCGCUGCUCCGACAGCAGGGCUUUAAGCGCCUCUACACUCUCGAGGGCGGGGUUGCGCGGUACAUGCGUGAGCAGGGCGGCGAGCACUGGAACGGACGGCUGUUCGUGUUUGACUCGCGGCUCGCUGUGCCUCCCAGGGAUUACCAGGUCGGGGGGAAGGUGCUGCGGGCGGCGGAGGAGGAGGGGGUGGAGAGGGUUGGGGAGGUGUUGGGGGAGGUGAUGAAGGGGGAGGCUGUGGCAGAGGAGGAGGAGAGUGUGGGGUGUCAGAGGUGUGGAGGGCGGUUGGAGGAGGUGAAGCAUCGCAACUGUGCCAACUCAGACUGCAACGCCCUUAUUCUAUUCUGCUCCAAAUGCGCUCAAGAAAUGAGCGGUGCUUGCAGCGCCAAGUGCGCUGCUGCCCCCCGCCUACGCCCCUUCCUCGCCCGCCCGGAGCCCUACCAACGCCUGCACAUCUACCUGCCCAUCGCCCCCCCUCCUCGCCCCCCUGGUUACGUGUCCCGCCGCGCCCUCAAACGGCGAGCACGCAAGGCCAGGCGCCUUGCAGCAGAGGUGGGUGAGGGGAGCGAGGUGGACCAAGGGGGGCAGCAACAGAUGGCGUCGGCCUUCAACACGACAAACCGUGGAUCCAUCCAGACUCCAGAGGUCUGCUCGGAUCCAGACCCUUCUGCACUUCUCUUUGCAGGCCCGAUCGCGUCGCUCACCUCGCAACUGCGAAACCUGCAUGUUCCUCGCAUCGAGUCACCGCAGACGCGAUAUCUAUCGAGUAGCUUCCAUUCAAGAAGCUUUUCUACCGCCACCGCAGCUGUUAGAAUAACUGAGUUCGGCAAUCUCGGUUCCACAAAUAUUUCCUCCGCCGCCGCCGCCGCCGCUCGUCCGUCACCGCGUGCUUCCGCUGCGACCCGUCCGCCGUUCCGCGGGCAUUCGUCCGUGCGGCAAAGCCGCCAGCAGCAGUUCAAACAACAGCAACAACAAUUUCCAAAUCAGCAGCAAGACAUGGCGGUAGCCGUGCAACCAGCCAUCGACACGCUCUCUCCUCCUCCCGUCGGUGCUGCCGUAUCGUCCUCUCACCAACCUCUACCAGCCGAACCGGUCGCGCCCCCAACGGCAUCAAGCCCGCCACCAGAUGUACCCGUGCACUCCAGCAUUCGCAUCAGCGACGAGCGACAGCUCCUCGCCCACGGUCGCGUGGUGCUGUGCGACGUGCCGCCGUCGCUCGUGCUCACGCCGCACGCGGAGGGAUCGGGGAAUUCGGGAGAGGGGGAGGCGGAGGCGCAGGGCGUGUUUCUGGGGAGUCGGUUCCGCGAGGCGCACAGCUGGCACGUGUUCCGCCUGGGCGUGCUCAGGCAGUAUGAGCUGCUCCGCAUAACACAAAGAACGCUCUGCGCGUGUUGGGAGCGCUGGGAGCGAGGGGUGCGCGGGGAGCGAGGGGUGCGCGGGGAGCGAGGGGUGCGGGGGGAAAUGCGUAUUGCCAUUGAACGUGCGCGCCAUGUGCCUCUACUCCACUCGCGCCCCCUUCUCUCCUCCUUUUUUCCCACUCCCGCAACUACCCACCACUCCCCCAGGGGCGCGCGGUUCCUGUUCUGCUUCCUCUUCAGUCUCUGGUGGAUGACGCAGCAGACUUCUGAGUCGGUUCAGACACCCACCACCCCCCCUCCCCCCAAUCUCUUCCCCCAAUUCUCCCCCCCUACCCCUUCCCCUCCCUGCUCACCCCCCCAGGGGGGCGCGGUUCCUGUGCUGCUUCCGCUUCAAGCUCUGGUGGAUGACGCAGCGGGUGGGCAGCAGCGGCCGCGAGGUCCCCGUCGAAACGCAGUUCCUGCUGCUCGAACUGCCACCACGGCAGCAGCAGCAGCAGCAGCAGCACAGAACGCAUCGACAGAGGCGGGAGGCAGCGGCAGCGUGGCUGCGAGGGUGUACGUGGUGGUGCUGCCGCUGCUGGACGGGUCCUUCCGCGCUGCGCUGCAAGGCUCGCCCUCCGACCACCUCGAAGUGUGCCUUGAGAGCGGCGACCCCCAGGUGUGCACGGAUGAGUCACUGCAGGCAGUCUACAUGCACAGCGGCACCAACCCCUACUCCAUCAUUGCCGACGCUGUCAAGGCGGUGGAGCAGCACACGGGCUCGUUCCUGCGGAGGGAGGAGAAGCAGCUGCCGGGGCUGCUGGACUGCUUUGGGUGGUGCACGUGGGAUGCAUUCUACACCAAGGUGGACGCUCAGGGCGUCAAGCAGGGGCUUGCUAGCCUGGCAGCGGGCAACACGCCAGCCAAGUUUCUGAUUAUCGAUGAUGGAUGGCAGUCCGUGGCGGCAGACUCACACGAGGACUCCAGUGCCACCAUUACCGUCGGCACACAGUACGCGAGUCGCCUCACGGAUCUCAAGGCCAACUACAAGUUCAAGCAGCAGCAGCAGAAGCAGGAGGGGGUGGAGGGUGGAGAGGGUGAGGGGCGGCAGGAGGAGGGGCAGGGAGAGGACGGGGCGAGUGUGUUGGGCGAGGCAGCGGGCAUGGUGCAUGGGCUGGGGCAGGUGGUGCGCGAGGUGAAGGCUGCUCAUGACCUCAAGUACGUGUACGUGUGGCACGCCUUAAUGGGCUACUGGGGGGGCGUCCGCCCGCACGCGAGCAGCAUGCAGCAGUUCGACCCAGCCCUGGUCUUCCCGGUGCCCUCGCCCUCCAUCCUACUCAACCAGCCCGACAUGGCCCACGACUCCCUCACGCUCAAUGGUCUCGGCGUGGUGUCCCCUGCCAAAGUCUUCCAUUUCUACGACGCCUUGCACGGGUAUCUGGCGGCGUGCGGGGUGGACGGCGUGAAGGUGGACGUGCAGAAUAUUCUCGAGACGCUCGGCGCGGGGUACGGGGGGAGGGUGGCGCUGGCGAGGGGGUAUCACGAGGCGCUGGAGAGGAGUGUGGCGAAGAACUUUGAGGAGAACGGGGUGAUCGCGUGCAUGAGCCACAACACUGACGGGCUCUACUCGUGA